AUGAUUGACUGGGGUGUCCAUGGCAACCGCACCCCUCCUGCGGCGACCUGGAGGGAAUUGAUUUGCUCCAUAUUAAUAUUAUAUCAGCUGCUCAAUAGGCCUGUGACUGCAGCGGGCGCAUCGCUGUGUGCGCGGAGAGACACGGACGGAGCGGUGGAAGAUUUAGGACCAAACGAGCUGGAAAAUGUUGAAGAGGAGACACUGGCUCCGCGCUGCAGUCUGCACAGAUUCCCAUCGGCGUCCAGCCCAGUGACUCGCCAACUGUUCCCUGAGAUGGACCCGGCCCUGACCCCUCUCGUCACCCGGGGAGAUGCCAGCGAAGUGGACGGCUGA